GCUCGAUUCCAGAACAGAUUCUGAGAUUCGUCUCUCUCAAAAGAAAAAAGAAAAAAUAAAAAUUCCAGAACAGAAAAAUUCCCCCAAUAAAGCGAAACGAAAAAGAUCAGCAGAGAAAAUACAAAAACUGGCACCAGGACUGAGAGAGAUAUUUACGUUAAGUAAGAAAAAGGCAAAAAUCCAACAAGAAAGAGAGGAGAGAGCUCCACAUGUUCUCUCUCAAAUCCCCAAAUUUUCGAUAACGAAACGAUUUACAAAUUACAAUGGCUUGGCUAUUCAAAUCGUUCCAAUCCGACGGCACAGAUUCCUCGCCGGAACGGAGCCCCUCCACGACUCCACGUGGCGUCAAAGACGACCUCUCCCUCCUCGGCCAAACCCUCGGCCGCCAAUUCCGCGGCGUCGCUGAUUUCCUGGCCCCACCGCCUCCUCCUCCCACCACCACCGCCGUUGAUUCCUCCGAUCCCUCAUCAUCAUCGCAAUCGCAGCCCCAACCGCUCCUCGGGAUCCGCAACGAUCUCGCGGAAAUCGGCGGGAGCUUUCGGACCGGACUGUCCCUUCUGUCCGGUAACAAAGCGGUGAGUGAGAUCUCGAGGCUCGCUUCCAAUCUGUUGCAGUUCGAGAGCGACGAAGUUAGGGACGACGACGCUUCUGCAGAGGAGGACGACGGUGAUCGUAUUUAUGAGGGUUUGCCUGGGGUCAACGAUGAGGUUCUUGAUUUUGUGUCGGAGAUUUCGACGCUCCCCGAGCUCUGGACCGAUUUUCCUUUACCACUCGAUAAUGAUUUCAACAUGUCUGAUGCUCAGAAAGAACAUGCUUCAACUGUUGAACGUUUGGCCCCAAGUUUGGCAAUUCUUAGAGUUAAACUUCAGAGUGAGAUGAGUGAAGAACAAUUUUGGCUAGUUUAUUUUAUACUGUUGCUGCCAAGAUUAAGUGAACAUGAUGUUGAGCUUCUAUCAACGUCUAAGAUUAUCGAGGCAAGAAAUGUUCUUUUGCAGAAGCUGCAAAAGAAUGCACAGGUGGAGAAUGAGGACACAAAGACUCUUGAUACAUCUCAAGAUGGCAGCGAGGCCGGCAAGCCAGAAGGGAAGAAUAUACCAUCUGAGGAAAAGGAGGUUUCAACUGACAAGAUAAGCGCAGGAGGAGUAGAAAUGGAUGAUGAAGAGAGCACUGAAAAGUGGUCGGAAGAAAAAGAUAAUGAUACAGGCACCCAGAAAAAGGUCGAACCUGAGGAGGAGAUUUCGUUCAGUGAUCUGGAGGACGAUGAUAAUGCUCUCUCUAAUCGACCAUCAGUGCCGGAAACUAAGGUUUCUUCACCCAGUGGAAGCAGUGACUGGGUUCAAUUGAAACGAAGUUCUGAUACUCAGCGUGGCAGUGACCAGCAUAAGGCAGGUCGGUCAAAUUCUGGAGAUAAAGAUUCAGAAGGCGAGGAAUCAAAUGACUGGCUUACUGUUGAUGAUUAUGAUUAGAGGUUGGCUGUUUGUUUUGUUCCUGAUUUGUUGUAAAGUUUCUACGAUUUUUUUUCUUUUCUUUUAUUGGGGGUUCUGUACGUAAGAAUUUCAAUCAAUAACAUAAAGUUCCUCGAUUUAAAUUAAUAAUUCACUCUUCACUUGAAGAAUCA